AUGGAGAGAGAUUUCAUAGGGUUGAGUUCUAACGAUUCAACAAUUGUCGUUGAGAAAGAAAUUGCUAAAGACGGCAACGAUUGUCGUAUUCCAGGACUUCAACGACUUUGCCACGUGCUUGUAAGGAAGAUGGAAGAUGCAAGAAGCCCAUGCAGUCAACAGACCCAACUUUUGUUGGUGUUUCUGAUGUCUCAAGGCCUGGGGCUUUAUCGUCUGUACCUGCAUCGCAGUCCCUAUUUGCUUCAUAUACGCGUAGACAACCUUCUGGAAUUGCGCAGCCAGCUAAAUGCAUUUCAGGAAGGUUCAAGUGGGAAGAGGAUAUCCAUUAAUGAUCUUGUAAUUAAGGCUGCUGCUUUGGCUCUUCGAAAGGUUCCUUAG